GCUAGGCUCUCGAGCAAGCUACACUUCCACAGCGCAGCCGUUCCCUCAACUUGCUAUUUCGUGUGCAGGAUGUGGCGGCAGCAGCGUCUUGGAGAUGCCGCUGUGCGGGCCAGGCGCGCGCGGGAGCGACUCUCAGCGCGCGGGUCGCCAGCUUUCGCCUUCUCGAUGCUGCGCUGCUCAAGGGGCCGCGAUGGUCGAGGGCCGCACUGCAUGACAGCUGGCACCUGCAGCAGUCGCAGCCGUAGCUGCAUGGUCCUCUUGAGCAACUCUCUUCAUCGCAGUGCUGGAAGUAGAUCUGCGGUGCGAGUUGCAGGGCUGAGCUUGCGACGGCGGACGCCAGGCAGCCUGUGUCGGGAAGAGACAGUCGAGUCGAGAUGCGCGAGCAGGGCUCCGGCUGUGCCCCACCCAGCCAGCACGGCGUCUUCAGCCUCCUCUCCAAAGCCGGUCCUCACUGCAUAUCUCGCAGCCUGGAGUGCAGCGUCGUCUGUUGCCCUGUCUCUGAGGAGCAGCAGGGGUUACGUCGCUGGCGCGGGAACAGAGCGGGCGCACCACGUGACGCGUGCCCGCCGCAGCAGCCCUGCCGCGCGCCAGCCGUUCCCACGCAAUGCCGCGGCUCUCAAAGGCGCCGCGCCCGCUCGAGCCUAGCCGUGGCGCUGACAUCGCUGAGCUUCGGAUGCCGCACGCUGGAGCAUCGAGGUGUGCGUAUGUGCAUCGUUUUCAGCGGUGACGCGCAAGGCGCUGCCAAAGGGAGAGACGUGUGUGUGGUGGGUCGUCACUGAGAGAAGAAAAGGGGGGCGGGGAUGGGGGACAGGGGCCAGGCGAGAGAGCGGAGCGGUCAAAAGGGGAGUGGGUGGGCGCCGGAGAGCGCGCGCCUAGUAG